AUGCAAUUCCGCAUUGGCCAAGAUACCGUGGGUUGUUAUGGAGCCGAUGUGCGACACAAUACAGUGUUGGCAUUCAGAUAUCUCGAUACCGCUUCCCAUGAGAGGAUUGCGGCGACCUUCUAUUGGAAUACACUGCCUCAGACGCAAACGGUGCGUCAGAGCUAUGGUCUCUGGUCUUUCUUGGAACCCAAGAAGAGGACCCUCACGAAAGCUAUUGAUCUCACCAGGCCUCUAUUUGAGGUAGACGAGACUGGUGGUGGUCCUACUCAAGCAGGAGGCCCAGAGGAAUUCAGCGCGGUAGUUGCCGCCCCAGGAAAGGGCCAGCAGCCUCAGAAGGGCAAUUCUAAAGGCUGGAGAUCUUCUAAAGGCUGGAAUCAGAGGUGGUCCUUUGGCAAGAGGAACCAACCUCAAAAAGGAAAAGGCCAGUCCAAGGGACAUGGCAAAGGAAAAGGAUAUCGAAACCACAGGAGAGCCACCCAGGAGAUAGGCAAGUGA